AGCGCGCAGGCGCGGCGAGCGAACUGCGCAGGCGUCAGUCUUGGGCGGGCUGAAAGCAGCAGAAGCGGCGGCCGAGUCGGAGGCUCCGGCACAGGGGCGGGAGCUGAGGCGGUAGCAGACCGGCUGGCGGGCUAGCAAAAAAGCGGCGGGAUGGUGGACUACCACGCGGCGAACCAGGCGUACCAGUAUGGCCCGAGCAGCGGCGGCAAUGGCGCGGGCGGCGGCGGAAGCAUGGGCGACUACAUGGCCCAGGAGGAUGAUUGGGACCGGGACCUGCUGUUGGACCCGGCCUGGGAGAAGCAGCAGCGCAAGACCUUCACAGCCUGGUGCAACUCCCAUCUGCGGAAGGCUGGCACUCAGAUUGAGAACAUCGACGAGGACUUCCGGGAUGGGCUCAAACUUAUGCUUCUGCUGGAGGUCAUUUCAGGGGAGCGGCUGCCUAAGCCGGAGCGGGGCAAGAUGCGCGUGCACAAGAUCAACAACGUCAACAAAGCUCUGGACUUCAUCGCCAGCAAGGGCGUCAAGCUGGUGUCCAUCGGGGCAGAAGAGAUUGUGGACGGCAACGCAAAGAUGACCCUGGGUAUGAUCUGGACCAUCAUCCUCCGCUUCGCCAUCCAGGACAUCUCUGUGGAGGAGACCUCUGCCAAGGAAGGACUCCUCCUUUGGUGCCAGAGAAAGACAGCCCCGUAUAAAAACGUCAACGUCCAGAACUUCCAUAUCAGCUGGAAGGAUGGUCUGGCCUUCAACGCGCUCAUCCACCGGCACAGACCAGAGCUGAUUGAGUAUGACAAACUGAGGAAGGAUGAUCCAGUCACCAACCUCAACAAUGCAUUUGAAGUGGCUGAGAAAUACCUGGAUAUCCCCAAGAUGUUGGAUGCCGAGGACAUCGUGAACACAGCCCGGCCCGACGAGAAGGCCAUAAUGACAUAUGUGUCCAGCUUCUACCAUGCCUUUUCAGGAGCGCAGAAGGCUGAAACUGCCGCCAACCGGAUCUGCAAGGUGCUGGCUGUGAACCAGGAAAAUGAGCACCUGAUGGAAGAUUAUGAACGCCUGGCCAGUGAUCUUCUAGAGUGGAUCCGGCGCACCAUCCCCUGGCUAGAGGACCGCGUGCCUCAGAAGACCAUCCAGGAGAUGCAGCAGAAGCUGGAGGACUUCCGCGACUACCGGCGUGUGCACAAGCCACCCAAGGUGCAGGAGAAGUGCCAGCUGGAGAUCAACUUCAACACGCUGCAGACCAAGCUGCGGCUCAGCAACCGGCCUGCCUUCAUGCCCUCCGAGGGCAGGAUGGUCUCGGACAUCAACAAUGGGUGGCAGCACCUGGAGCAGGCUGAGAAGGGCUAUGAAGAGUGGCUGCUGAAUGAAAUCCGCAGGCUGGAACGACUUGACCACCUGGCAGAGAAGUUCCGGCAGAAGGCUUCCAUCCAUGAGGCCUGGACCGAUGGGAAGGAGGCUAUGCUGAAGCACCGGGACUAUGAGACAGCCACCCUGUCAGACAUCAAAGCUCUGAUCCGAAAACAUGAGGCCUUUGAGAGUGACCUGGCCGCACACCAAGACCGCGUGGAGCAGAUUGCUGCAAUUGCCCAGGAGCUCAACGAGCUGGACUACUAUGACUCCCACAAUGUCAACACGCGGUGCCAGAAGAUCUGCGACCAGUGGGAUAACCUGGGCUCUCUGACCCACAGUCGUAGGGAAGCCUUGGAGAAAACGGAGAAACAGCUGGAGACCAUCGACCAGUUACACUUGGAGUACGCCAAGCGGGCCGCGCCCUUCAACAACUGGAUGGAGAGUGCCAUGGAGGACCUGCAGGACAUGUUCAUCGUCCACACCAUUGAGGAGAUCGAGGGCCUGAUCUCAGCCCAUGACCAGUUCAAGUCCACCCUGCCGGAUGCCGACAGGGAGCGUGAGGCCAUCUUGGCCAUCCACAAGGAGGCCCAGAGGAUCGCCGAGAGCAAUCACAUCAAGCUGUCUGGCAGCAACCCCUACACCACCGUCACCCCCCAGAUCAUCAACUCUAAGUGGGAGAAGGUGCAGCAGCUGGUGCCGAAGCGGGACCAUGCCCUCCUGGAGGAGCAGAGCAAGCAGCAGUCCAAUGAGCACCUCCGCAGACAGUUCGCUAGCCAAGCCAAUAUGGUGGGGCCCUGGAUCCAGACCAAGAUGGAGGAGAUUGGGCGCAUUUCCAUCGAGAUGAACGGGACUCUGGAGGACCAGCUGAGCCACCUGAAGCAGUACGAGCGCAGCAUCGUGGACUACAAGCCCAGCCUGGACCUGCUGGAGCAGCAGCACCAGCUCAUCCAGGAGGCGCUCAUCUUCGACAACAAGCACACCAACUACACCAUGGAGCAUAUCCGUGUGGGCUGGGAGCAGCUGCUCACCACCAUUGCCCGCACCAUCAACGAGGUGGAGAACCAGAUCCUCACCCGAGAUGCCAAGGGCAUCAGCCAGGAGCAGAUGCAGGAGUUCCGGGCAUCCUUCAACCACUUUGACAAGGACCAUGGCGGGGCACUGGGGCCUGAGGAAUUCAAGGCCUGCCUCAUCAGCCUGGGCUACGACGUGGAGAAUGACCGGCAGGGCGAUGCUGAGUUCAACCGCAUCAUGAGUGUGGUCGACCCCAACCACAGCGGCCUCGUGACCUUCCAAGCCUUCAUUGACUUCAUGUCGAGGGAGACCACAGACACAGACACAGCUGACCAGGUCAUCGCCUCCUUCAAGGUCCUGGCAGGGGACAAGAACUUCAUCACCGCCGAGGAGCUGCGGAGAGAGCUGCCCCCCGACCAGGCCGAGUACUGCAUCGCCCGCAUGGCGCCCUACCAGGGGCCUGACGCCACUCCCGGCGCCCUCGACUACAAGUCCUUCUCCACAGCCCUCUAUGGGGAGAGCGACCUGUGAGGCCCUCAACCGCCCUGAACAGAGACUCCCUUGGCCUCCCGGAGGGGCUGAGGAGCCCACCCCCACCCUGACUCUGUAUCUAUGCAAAGAGCUCUUUGUGGUCCUUCUAGGGGGUCAGGCAGGGAGGGGCUAAGCAGGCCUCUCUUUCUCAGUCUUGUGGCGGGGGGAGGCUUGACAUCAGCACUUCUGGUCUGCUAAAUAGAUAUAUGCUGUGUUAUGGGUUCUUAGCCUAUAUGGAAGGGACAAUGGACCCCUGGGCCCCCUCUGUGCCCCAGAGAUACCUUUCUAAACACAGGUCCCUUCUGCCCCUGAGGCCCGUUAAGCCUCUCACAUCCAGGCCAAAGCCCCAUGUGCCUUGUCUAGGAACAGCCUGCCCUAAGAAGUCCAGCAGAGGGCACCUAGCUCCCUUGGACCAGACCGUAGCGGCCCCUCCCACCUCCCUGCCCCUGUGAUCACCGGGAGCUGAGGACCUGCCAUACCCCUCUCUGCCUCAGGAGUGGCUGCUGGGCAGUCAGCCCCAGCCCACCUGGCCUUGUUUCACCUGGGCUCUGAGUCUCAGAUUUUCUAAGGACCAAAACCAACAAAACACAAAGAAGGAACACAAACAAACAAACAAAUCAUUAAAAAAAAAAAGGAAAAAAAACUUAAAAAAAAACCUAUAAAAAAAACCUAAAAACUUCCAGAGAAUUACUAUUUACUUUAUUAACUUACGGAUUUAUUAUAUAAAUAUAUAUCCAUCUAGCUGCAUAUCUCUGCCACCUCUCACAUAAUGAAGACAUAGCUGAUUCGAUGCCCUCCCCAGCCCCCUCCUGAUUUUCCCCUUGUGGCGGUGGGCAGGGGUCUCUGGGGACCUCCUGAGGUGGAGGUGGGCUGCUGGCCUGCCUGCCUGGUCGUUAAUGGUUUCUCUCCACCCGCCCCCUUGAGUUUAUUCUGAUUGAUUUUUAUUUUCUUGGUUUCUGGAUAAACCACCCUCUGGGGAUGGGAGAAUAAAACAUGUAAUAUUUUUAAGAAGGA